AGCCCAAUGCAUCUCCGCCUCUCGCCAGACCAAUAAAAUGCUCGACCUUGAUCAUCACCAGCUCCUCCCACUCGUCAGGGUUGCUCUGUCAAUCACGAGGGCCCUUAAUUCAUGAUCGAAUCUCUGGUUAUCUGGAAUUCCUUUGUGGGUUCGCUUCGCUCUCGCUGCCCGUUUGGCAAAAGGGUCCGUCGCUUCGAGAUACCCCCAACAGGUCAACACCGCUCCAUGGAGCUCGAGCGAAUCCUUGCUUGAAUCUUCGCUCCUCUCCUCGCCUUCUUGGGUCCGGUCAAUGGCCGCCUCUGUGUCGGCAUUAUCUUUCUCUGUCCACAGGACUCGCCCCGCCGGACUCUCGCCUGCCCAUGUGGCCGUCGACGAGCCCCGUAAAAGGUUCCCCUUCUCCUUCGGGUCGAGGCCGAGCUUGUCCUUCGCAUCUGUGGGUCCCCGCCGCCAUUAUUUGGGCCCACUCUUUGCCUACCCUCGUGCUUCCCCGUCGCCGGCGAGGGACGCCCUUCUGGGAGAUGGGUUCGCUUCCGCGGCCGAAGAGGAGGGCGAUUUGACGAUUCCCGAGGAGAGGCCGGUCAAGUUCCUGCUCUGGGUCGUGUUCUGGGCUUCCCUGUCUCUGGCUUGGUUCGCGGCUUCCAAGGACGCGAAUGCCGCCGUUGAUUCCAUCAAAGCCUCGGGCUUUGGCGUGAAGGUCGCCAGCAAACUGCGGAGCUCGGGAUGGCCGGACGAAGCCGUGGUCUUCGCGCUCGCGACGCUUCCGGUGAUUGAGCUCCGAGGGGCUAUUCCUGUCGGUUACUGGAUGCAACUCAAGCCUUCGCUCCUCACUGUCUUAUCUGUUAUCGGGAAUAUGUUGCCCGUACCAUUCAUCAUACUCUACUUGAAGAAGUUAGCUACUUUCCUUGCUAGGAGGAGCCGAUCAGCAUCCCGGUUACUUGAAAUGGUAUUUGAGAGGGCGAAAGAGAAGGCUGGCCCUGUGGAAGAGUUUCAGUGGCUUGGCCUCAUGUUGUUUGUGGCUGUGCCUUUUCCUGGAACGGGGGCUUGGACCGGAGCUAUCAUAGCUUCAGUUCUGGAUAUGCCCUUUUGGCCUGCGGUGACUGCCAAUUUUUGCGGUGUUGUCCUCGCAGGGCUUCUGGUGAAUUUGCUUGUGAACCUUGGACUCAAAUAUGCCAUCGUGACUGGUAUAAUCCUCUUUUUUAUUUCCACAUUCAUGUGGAGCAUCCUCCGAAGUCUUAGGAAAUCUUUGAGCUCAUCAAACUGAUGAACACAAACUACUCAUUUGAUGUUAACGGCAUUGAAUUCUGUACUCAGUUUUUUGAAGUGGCUGUCUCCCGUUCACUGGCUUUGGUGCAAUGUACUGUCACUUUCCUGCUUCAGAAAUACCCAUCAGGAAUGAUUAGAUGAUUUGAAACUGACUGGAGUAAAUGAAUUCAUUCUCUACUGGUUUAAAAUGGAGAUGUCUUUCAGUAAAUGCCGUUUGAUUAAACUCGA